AUGAAUAUGUUGAACGUAGAAGACUACAGCUUUCACGUCACACGUAACGGCUACACUCAUCUGGAUGACUCAGAAUGGGAGGUAGUUGGCCGCACGAGUGUGCUCAUGUGCGAACCCGCCAACAGUGGUAUGUCGGAGUCUCUAAGCAGAGACCAGCAACAUGCUGCUAUCAACAAGUUCCUACAAGGGGAACUUGCCGUCGAACGACAGUAG